GUUUGGAAGAGGAAAGGUGGACACAAUGAGCGCCGACUGGAACGCACGGCGACGCGGGCAAAGUCCAGAUAGAAGCGAGGAGAGUGAGGAUGAUGGAUAUGAAUAUAUCGACCAUCGUGCAGAUUCACCUGUUUCUGAAGAUUCUGACCGGCAUAGAGAUUCUGACCGACACGGAAACUCUGCUCGGUAUGGAGAUUCUGACCGGCACGGAAACUCUGCUCGGUAUGGAGAUUCUGACCGGCACGGAAACUCUGCUCGGUAUGGAGAUUCUGACCGGCACGGAAAAUCCGCCCGGUAUGGAGAUUCUGACCGGCACGGAAACUCUGCUCGGUAUGGAGAUUCUGACCGGCACGGAAAAUCCGCCCGGUAUGGAGAUUCUGACCGGCACGGAAACUCUGCUCGGUAUGGAGAUUCUGACCGGCACGGAAACUCUGCUCGGUAUGGAGAUUCUGACCGGCACGGAAAAUCCGACCGGCACAGAAAGUCUGACCGGUAUGGAGAUUCUGACAACUAUCGUACAAAGGCUUCGGAAUAUGAGGUCAACAACUCCUCAGAAAGCAGCGACGACUACGACCAAGAAGGACAACAUCACAGACAUGGUCAACCUGCGGUCUUAAACCAACAAAAAUCUAAUGCUUCACGACGCUCUGUUUACCAAGACUCAGAGGAAGAAAGUGAGGACCAAGAAACUCAAUGGCUGGUUAAUCUUCUUGCAAGAGAACCAAAAUUCCAAGCAAAAAAACUAACUGUUAUUAAACAGGGUAUACAUCUGAACGACUUAGAAAUUAUGAUUCAGCAAAAUACACACAUCUUCCAAGGCACAGAAGAACAUGUGUAUCUGAGACCUCAGAUUAAGACAUGUGUCUGGUUUUUGUCAUCCCGAGGAUGUAGUUCAAGGUCAAAUUAUAAAUGCAGUGAUUUGCAUAUAUGCCCAAACUACAUUUCUGGUUCUUGCAAAAAUAACAGUUGUUCCAAGGGGCAUGAUUUGAGCGCUCACCACAAUAAGCUAAUUUUACAGCCGUAUUGUUUGAGAUAUAUUGACACAGAUCUUCUAAGAAAAAUCUUGCAAAUCUCUCUUGCUGAUAUAGAUGACGAGGAAGACGAUGAGCCUCUCAUCAUAUGUAAACAUUACAACCAGGGUAAAUGUUUUGACAGGAAAUGCAAAUAUCUUCACUUCUGCAUAUAUCAUCUGGAAAGUAGGCUUAAGUGCAUGGGUCGUAGAUGCAACCUAAACCAUUCUUUUAUGGAGCAGUACUGCACUGAUAUUCUUGAAAGAAAAGGUAUUAGCACUAAUGAGUCUCCAAAGGACAUUUUAACUGAAAUUUUUUACCGUUUCCCUGAACUGGAAAAAUCCAACAGGCAAACCUCAGGGAAAACCAAAUCCUCGUAUCAACGCGCAUCUCCAUCCCCCUCUCCACCUCAGAAUCGCAGAGCACCUCCUCGAGCAUAUGCUGCUGAGAGUCAAUUUACUGUUGAAGCUUCCGAUUUCGAAGGAAAUGUAGACAUAGUUGAGAUUUGUCACAGAUCAGUGAAAAAUAAGUGUCACAUUGAUAAUUGUCAGCGACUCCAUUCCGAUUUACCCUUUCAUUGGCAGGUAAGCCCUGAUGGCGUUAAUUGGUUCAAUCUCCAUAAAUCCCACGUUUUCCAUUUGGAAAAAGAAUAUUCUGAUCCAUAUACAGAGAGAACUACCCUUCCUGAACCAAAGGGUAGAGGAGUACCUAAGAAACUUCUUAAACUCCUGGGCACAAGCAAAUGCGAAGCAAACUUUGAAGAAAUGCAAAUUAGUAGCCCUGGUUUAAGGACACCAUUGCAGCUACGACAUAUAGCCCUAGAACGAGGAAGUAGCGAUGCAGAUAAGUUGUUCUUGUGGUAUUUCUCGGAUGAGAAUGAUCGGUGGGUGCAGUAUGGAGAAGUAGACACAACAAGGAGAACAUUCCUCAAAAGCAGCAUAACCUCAGAAGACAUAGAACAGCAUUUUAUUCGAGACCCUCAAAAACCGAUGUUCUUCAAGAAUGAUUUGUUUACUUAUGAACUUGACUUCAUUCAGAUGAAGCAGAAGAACAAUUCCACAAAUGCUGUUCGGACUGUAAGACGCCGCCCAGUACCACCUCAGGCGUCACCAUGGUACGCUUGGAUAGCAAAAUAUCUAGGAAAAGCUUACGAAUAAGAGCGUCUUCUUUGUAGGAGAGAGAGAGAGAGAGAAAGAGAGAGAGAGGGAGAUGAUAACAUUGAUCUCCUGUGGUUUUCUGUACAAACUUGUUUUAGGAAGUGAUCUGGAGUAAGUGUUAGGAGAGUGCGACCCUGGAAGAAAACUUCCUAAUAGAGUCUUCACUCAUGAACUAGGAUAUCACCUAAAAAACAGCAACCUGUAUAUUGAUUUUUGGAUCCACAGAUUUACCCUGGGGCCUAUAUUUUUCCAUCAAAUAUUUAAUCGAAGUAAUUUCUGUGGAUAAACAAACUUUAAAACUAAGGACGCGUCUGCACUGACAAAGUUCAAGCGAGUAAAGUUAAUUGUUGACACGCCACCCGUGUGGACAAGUCUAUGCACUAGAGUUUCAUAUAAAAGACCUUUCGCUGUUAUUGAGGACGUGGGCUAUAGUAGAUGAUCGCCGUUCGUUCCAUUAGUGAGAUUUUUUCUCUUGAACUUGAGUAACACUUGAGUCGUUUCAUAUGAAUAUUUAUUUGCUCUUACUAGAAAUUUCUAAAUAUUUGUCAGUUUUAGAGGUUAUUUGCCUGAACAUUUUUGUUCUCAAUUUGGUAAUGUGAACAUUUCUUUGUCUAUGUUUCGUUAAUCACAAGUCAUGAUUAUUCUAGCUUACUAGAUGAUAAUCCAUUGUUUCGUAGACAUGUAAGAUUAUCAUAGAUUAUUAUAUGUAGUUUGAAAUGAAAUAAAAUUGUCUUCCUGA